AUGGCCAUCUGCAUCACCUUCGGAACACAUGAGUUCACGUCUAUGCUAGAAGGGUAUGAGAACGUUAGAGCUUAUUGUUACAACUGCCAACAUUGGAAUGGACGGUGUAUAACGAGAUGGCCGUUCUUCACGAUUUGCUUUGUUCCUCUAAUCCCUCUAUCAACGCACAAGUACAAGGAAGUAACCUGCUACACAUGCCGCUUCACCCAGGACAUGCGGGACCGCCCCGACAUAAACCCAAACACGCGGCCGCCACCAAAUGUAUACGGCCCGCAACCUCCGCCACAGGCACACUAUGGAGGCUACCCGCCACCACAGCAGCAGCAGCAGCAGCAGCAACAGCAACAGCAACAGCAACAGCAGUACCCGCCUGUAGCGUCUGGGGCGGCGUCCCCGCCGCCGCAGGGGUAUUCGUAUAAGUGA